CACUUGCGCGAAUGCUCUAAAAUCCGAGGUGAGCUCGGCUGACGUCUGAAACUUGCCAAACUCGGAUACGACACUUUGCCCCCGGGGAGACGUCGUCGUUUGUUUUUCACCCCCAAAAUGUUGCGCUCUUUAUUGUCGAAUCACACCUUUGGGCAAAUCGUGUCUCAGGUGACAAAAAACAACAAUGUCGCUGUUUUGUCGGCUCAAAGUCCUCUGCUCCAGCAGUGUAAAUCGAUGGCAACUGUGCCACAAACAAAAUCUUCUGCUGAUGGACCCAGAGAACCCAUGAGUCCUUUUCAAAACUCUAGCAAUGCAGUAGAAUAUGCUCUUGCUAGAUUAGAUGAUUUACUCAAUUGGGGAAGAAGAUGUUCCAUGUGGCCACUGACUUUUGGUCUUGCAUGUUGUGCUGUAGAGAUGAUGCACAUCGCUGCUCCUCGUUAUGACAUGGACAGGUUUGGUGUUGUAUUCAGAGCAUCACCUAGACACGCUGAUGUAAUUAUAGUUGCUGGUACAGUUACAAAUAAAAUGGCACCCGCCUUGAGAAAAGUGUUUGACCAAAUGCCUGACCCAAAAUGGGUAAUCUCUAUGGGCAGUUGUGCCAAUGGUGGUGGUUAUUAUCAUUACAGUUAUUCAGUUGUUAGGGGCUGUGACAGAAUUAUUCCUGUGGACAUUUAUGUACCAGGUUGUCCACCAACCGCUGAAGCUCUUCUAUAUGGAAUUUUACAGCUGCAAAAGAAAGUGAAGAGAAUGCAAACGACCCAAGUUUGGUACAGGAAGUAAAGCAUUAUUGUUUUAAUUGUAAACUAAGUAGUCUUGUUAUGAGAAUUUUUACUCUGUAAAAAGUACGUCAGACAUAUAUAAUUAAAUUAUAAAAAUUGAGGUAGCCCAAUCAUGUUUCUAGCUCCAUUUCCAUAAUAAUUCUGUUAUUUUCAGAAAUUUUAAUAGUUUAAAUAAAAAAAUUGGAUUAAAUUAUUUCAUGUACUGUUUUGCUUUAUUUUUUAACAAAAUCUAGGCUCUGAUUAUACCAAUAAUGUUGUAAAUGAUAUUAAUCUAAUUAUACAAGAAAUGAAGAAAAUAAAAUCUAUAAAAAAAUGAGAA